AUGCUAUCCAGUGGAGUAUUAGAUACAAUAAAGAUAAAGGAGUUUCCAUUAGCUCACUUUGCAGCUGAAUACUGGUAUCAUCAUUAUGUGAAUUCUCGAGAAGGCAGGUUGAAAGUUGAAGAACUAUUGCAAAGAUUAUUCCAGUAUGACACCAAUUGCUUUGUGACCUGGAUCAGGAUAUAUGGCCUGGAUCGUCAAGGCACAUUGCGGCCAAAUUCAGACUAUCAGCGUCCUAUUGAUGACAUUGGAUCCCCUUUCUACUACGCGAGCUUGUUGGGAUUGGAAUCCACCUUGAGUAAUAUGAUAGCAGCGGGCGCUAGAGAUGCAAGUUUCUUGGAAAUGGUAAAUGCCCAAAGUGGAGAGUAUGGCAAUGCCCUGCAGGCUGCCUCAUCCGGAGGCCAUUGGAAGGUGGUGCAGAUGCUGCUGGAUCAAGGUGCUGAUGUUAACGCUCAAAGUGGACGUUAUGGAAAUGCCCUCCACGCUGCAUCUUCCAGAGGCCAUAAGAAGGUGGUACAGAUGCUACUGGAUCAUGGUGCCAAUGUUAGCACCCAAGGUAGAGAACUCACCUUGUGGUAG